GGCAAUGACCGUGGACACCUCUUUCUUUAAAAAUACAGGCACAGAACCGUACUCAUUCUCUACCCACUGACUCGGCCGAUCACCACCGAGUCAAGCUCAGUCCGGACCUCUAACUCAGCCACUAUAUAUAUAUUGCAUUAUAUAUCAUCUCUCGCUGUAAAACAGCUUCUGGAACUCCCCCAAAAAUCUAGGCUCCUUUUCCAGAAGAUGGGUCUCUCAAUUGUUCAAGGGUUUACGAAGUCGUUGGCGAUGACUGUGCUAUCGGAGAUCGGUGACAAGACGUUUUUCGCAGCCGCUAUCUUGGCAAUGCGUCAUCCCAGGAGGCUCGUGUUGUCAGGUUGCCUCGGGGCUUUAAUUAUCAUGACUAUCUUAUCUGCUCUUGUUGGCUGGGCAGCUCCUAAUCUGAUCUCCCGUAAAUGGACUCAUCACGUCACAACUGUACUGUUUCUGGGAUUUGGUUUCUGGUCUCUGUGGGAUGCAUUUAAUGAAGGGGAAGCAGAAGAAUUGGCUGAAGUUGAAGCAAAAUUGGGUGGUGAUAUUAAAAUUAAUGGUGGAUCAUCCAAAGAGAACAAUAAGGAUGAUGACAAUUUGAAGAAGCAAAAUCGUCCUGUUCUGGCUCAAUUCUUCUCGCCCAUCUUGCUGAAGGCAUUUUCUAUUACUUUCUUUGGGGAAUGGGGUGAUAAGAGCCAGCUCGCAACUAUUGGUUUGGCUGCAGAUGAGAAUCCAUUGGGUGUUGUCCUUGGUGGAAUCAUGUAAGUUUCUUGUGGCUUCAAGUAACCUGGAUGAAUACCACAAGUCCUUGUCCUCAUUUUUCAUAUCAUGCUGAUGUUAGUAGUGUCAUCC